AGGUCCAAGGUCUAGAAGAGUCACUGAACGCAGCCGCGUCGUUCAGUAUUCACUCUUUGUUGGCAAUUUGGGUUUUAUGCUGUUUUAGCCAUCCAGCAUGCUUCCUUAUGGCACACUGUGGAAGCUGGACCAGCUGCUGCACCCAGUCGGGCCACCGCAGCGCCGCACCGUGGUCAUGCGCCGUCGCCAGGCUCUUUUCUACUUCUUGUGGGGUGUGUUUCUGGUCACAAUUUUUCUCUUCCCGUACCACUACUCUUCACUGCGGCGUCUUCGUUUGGACGGCGCGCGCCGUUUACGCGGUGUCAGUGCCCCCACGCUGAACCUGGAUGUGCUGCGAGAGCGGCAAGGGAGCGCGUUGAGGCGACUCCAGCAGCGCAUGGCCGCACGUGACGAUAAAGAGAAGGACGACGCGAAGGAUGCCGAUGGCACGCUGGCGAGCAUCUCGGCCGACUUCUCCAUGGCGUUUUACUACCACCCCGAGACGGAGACUCGCUUACGCGGCAUAUUUCAUCAUCCAGUGUUACGCGCCAUCGUCGGCGAUGGUGCUGGUCGGCUGUGGAAGUCGCUCAGCGACAACGCGGCACCCGAUGCGUCACACGCAUGGCAGCGACAGACUCUAUCAGAGGCUGUGGCUGAGAGGGCAGAGAAAAAGGCAGAAGAACCCGCCAUCUGUCUAGUGGCUUUGCAAAAGGACUACCUCGUGUCUCGCCUUGGUGUCAACGCUGACGCGGGCACGGAGCUCAUGCGCGCUGUGCGCACGGCGCUCCCCCGUUUCGCCACGCUCUACCCUAUCUCUCUCAGCUCCGGUCAAACAGCUGCCGCGAACGUGAGUGUCAAAGCUCCCUCUAUCGAGAUCGCCUUCGCGCAGCUCUUUCUUUGGCUGGCGGACGAUGGGGUCCUCGAAGAUGAGGCGCUGAACCGUGCUGUGGCCGGCUGCGCUGCCCCGCUGUCUCGCUCGCUCGAAGUCUCGUUUGCCUGGCAAGCGGCUUCGAGCGUCGCACUCCCGCGCACAGCGUUGGUUGCCACGGUGCGAGAAGUAGAGGUGGCGCAACCGCAGUACGUGUGUCUCUGUUACGGGAGUAGUUUUGCGAAUGCGACCGUGUUGACCGACAUUGCCGAUGGCGAGGCCCCUACGCUUUUCCUCGCAGAUCGCCAUCAUGCCGAUCCUGGGAAGUUGUCAGGUUGCAAGGACGUGUGUGCGCGUCGUAGCUGA